AGGACAGAAAGAGGCUCUUGGUUUCAUUUGUCUCUCUCAUGUCAUGCGUUUAGGCAAGCUUCAGUAAUCAUGGCUAUCUUCUCUCUCUCUCAUGAUUUUACCAUACAUUACAUUAGAAUACAAGGCUCCUUUCACAAGUAACACCCACCAAAUUCUCUGUAUAUUCUGUUUUACCAUGCCAGACAUGGUUAUUGGAACCUUAUGGAUAGCGCUUUCAUUCACCAACAAGAGAGAGAAGGUAACCAACAGCAACAGCAGCAGCAGCAACAACUUCUACUACUACAAGAAGACCACCAGCUGAAGCUUUGUGUACCAUUUUUGAAGCCUGGAAGCUUUGACAACUCCAACCCAUUUUCCCAUUUUGGUUUCUGGGUGUAUAAGUCUUUCAAGAACUGGAACUGUAGAGGUAGAUUCUCAAGUGGGUUGAGGUUGAAAAGUAUUGAGGGUAAUGUUAUGGUUGUGAAUAACACUGUUUUUUGUUCUUCACCUGGGAAAGCUGCAAUGGAGGGCUUGAAUAUGGUAAGCGAGAAUGAAGGCUAUGAAGAGGUUAAGCAUCAAGUGUUUAGUGAAAAUGAGAGGAGAAUAGAGACAUUUGGGAAAUUGAUUGAAGAAAAAGAUCGUGAGAGCAGUUCAAGUUCUGAUUUUUUGACAUCUGAGACAACAGGCCAUGAGGAGCUGAGUCACAGUAGCUCAGAAGAGUCAUCUUCUCCAACUACUAUAGAUUGGCCUAUACAAAAAACCGAGACACCAAAUUGCAACAGUGUUGAAGGUAAUGAGGAUGAGAAGAAACCUGUUAUGGGUGAUAGGAAAUUGAAGAAACAAGGCUCUAAUCUUUCAGAGAUCGAGAUGAUGAAGGAAAGGUUUGCAAAAUUGCUACUUGGGGAAGACAUGUCAGGUUCUGGAAAUGGGGUUUCCACUGCACUGGCUAUUUCAAAUGCCAUUACUAAUCUUUGUGCAACCUUGUUUGGGCAACUAUGGAGGUUAGAGCCUUUGCCUAUUGAGAAGAAAGCCAUGUGGAGAAGAGAGAUGGAAUGGCUUCUUAGUGUUAGCGAUCACAUUGUUGAGUUGAUGCCCUCUUGGCAGACAUUUCCAGAUGGCAGCAAGCUUGAGGUGAUGACUUGCAGACCACGAUCCGAUCUUUAUGUUAAUCUUCCAGCUUUGCGCAAAUUAGAUAAUAUGCUUCUUGAAAUAUUAGAUAGUUUUGAAAAUACAGAGUUCUGGUAUGUUGAUCAGGGGAUUCUACCCCUGGAGGCUGAUGGGACAGCAUCGUUCCGUAGAGCUCUGCAGCGUCAAGAGGAAAAGUGGUGGCUACCAGUGCCUCGAGUCCCUCCGGGUGGUCUCUGUGAAGUUACAAGAAAGCAGUUGCAGCACAAGCGUGAUUGCACUAACCAAAUAUUGAAAGCUGCCAUGGCUAUCAAUGGCAUUACUCUUGCAGAAAUGGAAGUCCCUGAAUCUUACUUGGAAUCUCUUCCCAAGAAUGUAAGAGCCAGCUUAGGAGAUAUCAUUUAUCGAUACAUUUCAUCCGAUCAGUUUUCUCCUGAAUGUCUGCUUGAAUGCCUUGAUUUGUCCUCUGAACAUCAAGCUAUAGAGAUUGCAAACCGAGUAGAGGCCUCAAUUUACGCGUGGCGCAAAAGGACCAACACCAAGCCUGUUAAUAACACAACUCGUUCCACUUCGAAGUCGUCAUGGGAAUUGGUCAAGGAAUUGGUUGUUGAUACAGACAAGAGGGAAUUGCUUGCAGAUCGCGCAGAAAGCCUUCUGCUUUGCUUGAAGCAGUGGUUUCCUGGUCUUCCCCAGACAACUUUAGAUAUGAGCAAAAUUCAGUCCAACAAGGAUGUUGGAAAGUCUAUUUUGGAGAGCUACUCUAGAGUUUUGGAGAGCUUAGCAUUUAAUAUUGUCGCUCGCAUUGAUGAUUUGCUUUAUGUGGACGACUUAACCAAGCAUUCGGAUCCGCUCUCGUCAGUGUCCAAAGUUGGAGUAAUCACCCAGAAGAGCAUCUCCAUUCCAUACCCGGUGCCUUUCACAAGUACUCCUUACAAAACAGCUUACACAACACCAAGCUUUUCACCGGCACCGCUUCUUAGCCCGGCAAAGGGAGAAAGAUCUCCCUUUUGCACAAGCAGCAAGGUUCCCCAGCGUGGUGUCAGCGUGAAAAAGGUGUUAACCGAUUUCCUUACCAUUGACACCACUGGAAAAGAAUGUGGCAACUCAAUCGAUGAAGCCAACUCUAUAUUAACUAGUAUUCGAGAAGCAACACCGCCUCGACCAGGACUCGAAUCAUUGGAGUGUAUAAAAAGGGCUAUAAGCUCACCAACACAAGACACAACUGUGGAGGAAGAGUAAGAGUCCCUCAAGUUGCCUUGUAAGGCAAUGUGCUUAGAUGUUUAUGUGUUGAAUUAGGUAUUUUAUGUAUGCAUCUUAUAAGAAUAGAUAAUUAGAUAUAUUUUUAAGUUGGGAAAGUUGGUUAUACUGUUUAAAUCUUGUUGUAAGGAUGUCUCUAGUGAUAUUAGUUGGUAAAAAUUCUACUUGUUACCCAGGAUAUUAAUGAGUUAAUUGCUUUUUGUUACUUCA